CAAUUUCUGGGAGAGGGGGUGUCUCUGGGAAGCAGCUCUGAGAAAUUGGCUCAGUUUGGACCUUUAGAUGAGAUCUUAGCCUCUUUUUUUCCUGCCUCCCCCCCCCAACUCCCUUGAGCUCAGUUCUCGCCAGCAGCAACCUCCAGGUGCACAGUUCAGACAGGAGGAGGGGACGCUACCGGCUGCAAUGGCGUCCAACAUGGAUAGAGAAAUGAUACUGGCUGACUUUCAGGCAUGUACCGGUAUAGAAAAUAUUGAUGAAGCAAUCACCUUACUUGAACAAAAUAACUGGGAUUUAGUGGCAGCUAUAAAUGGCGUCAUACCACAGGAAAAUGGUAUUUUACAAAGUGAAUUCAGUGGAGAGACUUUACAAGGGCCAGCCUACGGUCCCACUAGUCAUCCUUCCUCAUCAUCUUCAACACCUUCCUCAUCGUCUGCAUUUCGCCAUGUAGUGCCAUCCAGACAAAUAGUGGAGAGACAGCCACGAAUGCUUGAUUUCAGAGUAGAGUACAGAGACCGAAAUGUGGACGUGGUACUUGAAGACAGUUCUACAGUUGGAGAAAUCAAACACAUUUUAGAAAAUGAACUUCAAAUUCCUGCGUCAAAAAUGCUGCUAAAGGGCUGGAAAAGUGGAGAAGUAGACGACAGUACUGUUCUAAAAUCUCUACACUUGCCAAAGAACAACAGCCUGUAUGUUCUAACACCUGAUUUGCCACCACCGUCUUCAUCAGCUUUGCCUGGUGCCCUGCAGGAAUCAUUAAAUCAAAACUUCAUGCUGAUCGUCACCCAUCGAGAAGUCCAGCGGGAGUACAACCUCAACUUCUCAGGAAGCAGUACCAUUCAGGAGGUUAAGCGGAAUGUGUAUGACCUGACAAGUAUCCCCGUUCGUCAUCAGUUAUGGGAAGGCUGGCCUGCUUCUGCAACAGAUGACUCCAUUACUCUAGCAGCGUCUGGGAUCUCUUAUCCUUGCCACCGACUUACAGUUGGAAGAAGAUCCUCACCAACACAAACCAGAGAACAGUCAGAAGAGCCAUGCACAGAUGUACACAUGGUUAGUGACAGUGAUGGAGAUGACUUUGAAGAUGCUACAGAGUUUGGAGUGGAUGAUGGAGAGAUGUUUGGCAUGGCAUCAUCGGCACAGAGGAAAUCUCCAAUGAUGCCAGACAACACUGAAAAUGAAGGAGAUGCCUUAUUACAGUUCACUGCAGAAUUUUCUUCAAGAUACGGCGACUGCCAUCCAGUAUUUUUUAUUGGAUCACUAGAGGCUGCUUUUCAAGAGGCCUUCUAUGGGAAAGCCAGAGAUAGAAAGCUUCUUGCUCUCUAUCUCCACCACGACGAAAGUGUGCUAACCAACGUGUUCUGUUCUCAAAUGCUUUGUGCCGAGUCUGUUGUUUCCUAUCUUAGUCAGAAUUUCAUAACCUGGGCAUGGGACAUGACAAAAGAAGCAAAUAGAGCAAGGUUUCUAACAAUGUGUACAAGACACUUUGGUAGUGUUGUAGCUCAAACAAUUCGAACACAGAAGACUGAUCUCUUUCCACUGUUCCUGAUCAUUAUGGGGAAACGAUCUUCGAAUGAGGUGCUGAAUGUAAUACAAGGUAACACAACAGUGGAUGAGCUAAUGAUGAGGCUGAUGGCUGCAAUGGAGAUCUUCAGCGCACAGCAGCAGGAAGACAUCAAGGAUGAGGAUGAACGUGAGGCCCGAGAGAAUGUGAAGAGAGAACAGGAUGAAGCUUAUCGAAUCUCACUUGAAGCUGAUAGAGCAAAGAGAGAAGCUCAAGAAAGAGAAAUAGCAGAGCAAUUUCGUUUAGAACAGAUUAAGAAAGAACAGGAGGAAGAACGUGAGGCUAUUAGGCUAUCUCUAGAACAGUCUUUGCCUCCAGAGCCAAAAGAGGAGAGCCCUGAAUCAGUCAGUAAGCUGCGCAUCCGGACACCCAGUGGAGAGUUCUUUGAGCGACGUUUCCUAGCCAACAGCAAACUGCAGGUCGUCUUUGAUUUUGUAGCUUCUAAGGGAUAUCCUUGGGAAGAAUUCAAGCUCCUAGGGACUUUCCCCAGAAGAGAUGUGACCCAGUUGGAUCCAAAUAAAUCAUUACUGGAGUUAAAAUUGUACCCUCAAGAAACACUUUUCCUAGAGGCAAAAGAAUAGUUCAAGCCAGAUUGGAGGACUAACUAAGCCUUUGAUAAAGAGUGAGGCAUGGUGAACACUUUACCCAAAUCGCCGUGCACUAUCAUUUAACUCAAAAAUCAAUGUCACAACUCUGCCUCUGACAAGAAGCCAGGAAGAAAGAAUAAACAGCGCUGUUUGAAAAGUUUCCUAUACGUGACUAUAUGUUUCCAACCUCAUUUAAAUGAGCAGAGAAAAGUACUCUGCUGUAAACACUGAACACUAUGACUCUGUUGCUCACCUACCAUCUGGCUUUUGUUAUAAUUAAUGCACUGUUAGAAUGUGAGUGAUUGUCAAGUAGAAUUUUUACUCCUCAAUUACCCCCUUUUUCACCAAGAAUUCUUGGACAUUUCUGCCCAUACUUUUGACACUAGAAUACUGUAUAUUUGAUAUCUUGCUGAACCAGUGCUCUCAUAUAUAUAUGCAUUUUCUUCCUGUGUUUUGAAUUUCUACUUCACCAUCUAAUUUUUUUAAGGCAGAAAAUAAAUAAAUGGGACAUUUUCAGCCUUGGAGAUUUAACAGUAUUGUAGCAGUAGAAAGCAGAGACCUUUUCCCCUGGUACUUAUUGACUUCUUUCAUAAGAUGUAAGGUUUUGUUUGAAGAAUAUAGAUUGACAUAUAUGCAAGAUAUUUAUUUACUGGUUUUUAAUUUUUUUUUUUUUUGCU